AUGUCUCCUUCCGCCGUCAUUCCUGAGGGCAUUGCUGUCCUGGAGUCGGACGUGGGCAAGCACCUGUCCUCAGAGUACAAGUUGAAUGGUCAGAAGGUGACCGAGAUCGAAGUCACGAAUCAUGACGAUUCGAUAGCGGGUCCAGACUGCCAUCCCUCGACUACGCCGCCCCAAAUCCCACGGCUGGACAUCUCGAUACAAUAUCAGGUCAAGGAGCGGCCAUUGGGAUGGAUCCGUCCGAUCCGAAUCAUCUGUUUGGGUGCUGGUGCCAGCGGUGUCAAUUUGGCGUAUCAGGUUCAACAGCGAUUGAAGAAGACCGAACUCGUGGUCUAUGAGAAGAACCCCGCGAUCGGAGGGACGUGGUAUGAGAAUCGGUAUCCGGGUUGCAAGUGUGACAUCCCUUCUCACAACUACCAAUUCUCAUGGGAGCCCAACCCGGACUGGACGGAGAUGUUCUCGACUUCGUCCGAGAUUCGGGCGUAUCUACAGAAAUGCGUGGACAAGCACAACCUGGGGCAAUAUUUCAAACUGAGCCACAACGUCGUGGGCAGCAGAUGGGAGGAGGCCACCGGCAAAUGGCACAUCAGUGUCCGCAACCACCUUACGAACGAGACCUUUGAAGACACGUGCGACUUUUUCGUCAACGCCGGCGGGAUUCUCAACAAUUGGAAGUGGCCAGACGUCCCCGGAUUACACGACUUCAGAGGCCGGCUGGUUCACAGUGCGAACUGGCCGAUGGACUGGGACUAUGAAGGCUUGAAAGUUGCAGUGCUGGGGAACGGGUCGUCGGGCAUUCAAAUCGUGCCCACCAUGCAGCCCCGUGUCAAGGAACUGGUCCAUCUGGUCCGUUCGGCGACGUGGGUCACGCCCUCGGCACCCGCACGGUAUGCGGCCUUGUUAGGACGGCCCAUGCCCGAUAUCUUCUCGGAUGAGCAAAAGGAGAGUUUCCGAAACGACCCAGAAGUCUACCUCCGGUUUCGAAUCGAGAUUGAGCGGGAGACGAACAAGCGAUUCCCUCUCCUGCUGCAGAACAGCCAGAAACAACGAGAUUCUACGCAAGCCAACUACCAGGCCAUGCUCGACCGACUGGGACCCGAGGCCGCGGCGCGGUACGCGAAGGAGAUCAUCCCCGACUUUCCUGUCGGCUGUCGCCGGAUCACUCCAGGCUUGGGGUAUCUGGAAUCAUUUUCCCAGCCCAAUGUGAGGGUGAUUACGAACGCAAAAAUUCAACGGGUCGACGAGAAAGGCAUUCGACUGGAGAGCGGCGAGCAUAUCGAGGUGGACGCCAUUGUGUGCGCCACUGGAUUCGACGUCUCGUUUACCCCUCGAUUCCCGAUCACUGGCCGCGACGGUAUCAGCUUGAAGGACGUCUGGUCGAAACCCAACAUCCCUUUCGCUUACUUGUCGACAUGUAUUCCCAAGUUCCCCAAUUACUUCGUUCUUCUCGGACCUAAUGCUCCUAUCGCCCACGGAUCCGUCCUCGCGGUGACGGAGCACUGCUCCAAGUAUCUGCUUCAAAUGAUCACCAAGGCCCAGACGGAAGGCAUUCGGGCCAUCGACGUCAAACAGUCGGCCUGCAACGACUUCAUGACCCACGUCCAUCACUUCAUGCCUCGCACGACCUGGGCCGCCCAAUGUCGCUCUUGGUUCAAAGGUGGCCAAGUGAGCGGGCCCGUGACCGCGAUCCACCCGGGGAGUCGGGUGCAUUGGUUCCACAUGAUGGAGAGACCCAAGUUUGAAGAUUUCGACUACGACUACGAAGAGGACAAUCGCUUUGCCUAUUUGGGCAAUGGGUUCUCGCGCCGGGAGAUGGGCAUUUACGACCCGGGGACGGUCGAAGGGUGGAAUCCCGAGGAAGGGGAUCUGGAUGAUCUGGACGAUACUUGGUUUGUGACGGACACGAAUUGGAAGUACCUCUACUAUUGA